AUGAAGAAUAUGUCAAGAAUAGAGUAUUUGCAUUCUAAAGGAUAUUUGCAUAGAGAUAUCAAACCAGAUAACUUCCUCAUGGGCCUUGGCCGCAAAGCAAAUAAGGUCUACAUAAUAGAUUUUGGAUUGGCAAAAAGAUACCGUGAUCCUACUACAAAUCGCCAUAUUGCUUACAGAGAGAACAAAAACUUAACAGGAACUGCACGAUAUGCAAGUUGCAAUACUCAUUUAGGAAUUGAGCAAAGCCGCCGGGAUGAUUUGGAGUCUCUUGGCUAUGUUCUUUUGUACUUUUUGAGAGGAAGGCUUGGCUUGACUGAUUUAUGGUUACUGGGUUUAGCCUCCGUGGCAGGGUCUAAAAAGCUGCCACAAAGAAGCAAAAAUAUGACAAAAUAUGCGAAAAGAAUGUUAUCUGACAUGGAACUUGUUUUGAAAGGUUUUGUGCAAGUCUUAUCCUGUGGAAAUUGCAUCUUACCCCACUAUUGCCACUCUUUAAAGUUUGAUCAACAGCCUGAUUAUGGAUUCCUGAAGCGUCUGUUCCGUGACUUGUUUACUCGUGAAGGAUAUGUAUUGGAUUAUAUAUUUGAUUGGACCAUUCUGAAGUAUCAACAAACCCAACGGACUAAAACUGAACCCCUAUCAUCAACUUUACAGCCUGCUUCAGGGAUGACCAACAGCAAUUUAAUUCAUACAGAUCUGGAUAAGCAUGAAAGAGGCAAUGGUGGUUCUUUCGCAGCUGAAGUGACAGGUCCCAGAGCAUCAAGUGGGUUAAUGCGUUCCAAUCAUGACAAGCAUUCUAGAUCAGCAAUGCCACCUAGUGCCUUCAAAAGAGAUCUUCUGACACCUGAGGAGCCAACCGAAUCUUCAAAUGUUGGGCACACAUUUCAGAGCAGAGCUGGUGCUUCAAGGAGCUGGUUGCCGUCAUUGAAUCGCAUUUCCUCAGCCAAGAUUGGUUGUGCCAUUCAGUACCAGGCUGCAUCUUGUAUUUCGGUCCAAGACCACCACAAAGGGCAAGCACAUUUGAUGGUGUUAGAAGUUGCUCUGUCAAAGCUGGGUAGUGGAAGUGAGUCUGGUUGGACAGGGAAGAGGGAGAGGGAUGCAAGUGCAGUGGCUGAAGUG